CGACCUCUCCACUGACGCUCAGCACCAGGCUAAUGACGGACCAAAGGCAACGGAUUAUCGACUCGGUGUUCUCAAGACGGAAUGCUUCUGGAAGCAUUGAAGAAAGUUACGUCUCUCAUAUCAAAAUCCUAGAAGAUUCCCCAGAAACCGGAGGCACAAAACCCAGAUACAUCCUUCUCUCUCAAACGAUCAAUGGAAAUGGGUUUCUUCACAAAUCGAAGCUGAACACGAAUGGCACCUUCUCUGUUGGAAAGACGUGGAGACUCCCAGAGCUGCGUGCGGUACAGGUUACUAGUGCCCAAUCUUUCAACAUCACGUUGUCGAGGACCUACAGAUGGCGAACUGAGAAUGCAGCGGAUCAGGUCAAAUUUCUAGAGGCACUCAUCCCACUCUUCCAUACAGUUACCGGCGGAAAAGCGCCGUUGCAAGUCGAAGGAUUCCCAAGUACCGAGGAUGUACCCCAGGGCCGACAACGAAUCCAGAAUGAUUACAUGCGUACCCCAAGGACCCCGUCACCGUCACCUUAUGAAUCGAGCAGUAUACAUCAGUCCCUUGCAUCUGCAAUUCCGCCCACAAGCUCGAGGACCCUCUCACAGAGCCAGAGCGACAGGGAUCACGAACCUAUGCAACCAUCUGGGUCGCAGUCGCGAUCAGCUCGACCAGCUUCUCCUGCCCACUCAAAUCGCAGCCAUCCAUCCUCUGUCCGUAUACGGGAACCAUCAUCUUCACGUCCCCGGCCCUCAUCCCCUGCAUAUUCUCAGACCAGUUCUAUCCCUUCCGCCCCAGGUCGAUCAGCAUUCCGCCAGUCUGCUUCUUCUGCUACUACGGCACAGCAAUAUGUACAACCUUCUCGCCCUACUCAAAGUGCGAGGCCUGCGAGAGAUGUAAGAGACAGUCCGACGUCAUCCGUCAUUCCGCCCGCGGAUGAUCGAUUUACGCUCGCUGCAGCACCUUCUCAGGCUUCACGUUCACGGCCCACUCCUUCACCUGCACCCUCAAAUCGCAAGCAAUCUACGCGUGCAGCUACAAUACUCAUUGCCGCGGAUGGAUCUUCAAGUAGACGAGACAACACGCGCGUGUCAUUCUUUGAUCCAGCUAACCAAGUUACUAUCGACCGGUUGAUUGGUAGUAAUGCCAAUGAGGUCGAGGGCGAGGAAGAGAAUGCACAAGCCACCAUGGCCAAUGUAGAAGAAAUGAUCGAGGGCUAUGAGUGGGCUAGUGAAGAUAUAAUAGGAAGAAAAACGGCACGAGGUGCCGCUGAGAUGAUAGAAGCUAGGUUGUUGGACGAGCUCAUGGCUCUCGAAAAGGCCAAUAUCCAUUCAUUCCUAGAGUCCGAUGACCGGAUAGGUAUCGUACUUAAAUAUAUGGAUGAAGCCAUAACAGAACUGGACAGUAUGGGGAGUCUCAUCCAGUCAUACAAGAUACACUUGAACGCCGUCGGCGACGACAUCUCUUAUAUCCAAUCUCAGAAUCGGGGUCUCCAAGUCCAAACGCAAAAUCAACAUGCCCUUCUGGCUGAGCUAGAAAACCUUCUGCAAACGGUUCAAGUUGACAAGGAAGUGCUCCUGACCUUGACGCAGGAUUCCCUCAGGGACUCUAAUAGCAUUCAAAGAAUCGAAGAGGCUGCCGCUGAACUCUACAAAGCUCUACAGGCAGGAAGGGAUACGGACAUGGCUGCCACCAUGGAAAGGUUGCAGGAAUAUCGGACACAUAAUGCGCAAUUCUGUAAACGCAUAUUCGAUUACUUGUCCAUAAUGUUCAGUGCACAGGCGAAGUUACUUCUGGGAGACAGCGAUGGGUUGACGAAAACUGACAGGCGUGGCAUACCGACGAUAAAUCUACAUACGGAGCUGGAGAAUUAUCUAGGGAGAUACUCAGGUCUUAUGCUGUACUUAAAGGAGAUGGACGAAGCCGUGUAUGCCAAACUAUGCGCGGCCUACUUCUCAGCCCUUAACGAUCUCCAUGGCACUCAAAUCAGGGCCAUGCUUUCUAGUUGCCUCAGCUUGAUCAAGAAGGCGUCGGAGGAGGACCAGGAACAAGGUAUCGGUUCUGUGGCCUCGCCUCCAAUCAGUAGACCUACUGGUAUCAAGCGUGCAGGAACGUUGAUUCGAUCUCCAUUGGAAAGCCGUAGGGACAAAGAUAAGUCUGACGGUACCAUGAGAUCAUCUGAGGUUCUUGGGCUUGCCCUGGAGCAAAUUGCGCCCACCAUUUAUCAUGAAGAAGAGUUCAUAACGGACUUUUUGCAGAUAAAUGAUGCGGCGUUGACUUUCGCUGACUACAUGGGCCUUGACAACUAUUUCCGACGUCAGGCCGCCCGCAGCGCCAGCGUCAGCCAGACGACAAUGAAACUCGUCCGGGGUGCUCUUGACCUCAUUUUCAGCUUCUUACCCUCGGAAUUGAAGACUUGGCUUGACAACGCAUUGGCCAAGGAUAAGGCACAGAUCUUUGGUUUAAUAGCGUGUUUAGAACGUUUUUUGGCCGAUGCUGACGAUAGAGGAAACAACUUUUUCAUUGGCCUUCUCGAAAAGCAGCAUACACGCCUGAAGGGCCUUCUUGAACGUCAUGUUAGCGAGCAAAUCCAAGGUGUUGAGCAAACGAAGUUGACGAGCAAGAAGCGAAAAGGUGUUGCUCCGUUCGUGCGACUGUUCCCGGGUUACAUUGGACGUGUCGAAAGCCAGCUUCUCGGUACCGAUGGUCUCGAGGUACGAACUAUCGUCGACGGAGCGUACGAACGUAUCGUGGAUACCAUGUUCGAGUGCCUCAAACAAAUGGCCAAAAUGGAUGGGGAAGGUGAAGACAAGGGACAGCUGAACUACCAUGUCAUUCUGAUAGAAAAUAUGCAUCAUUUUGUGGCGGAAAUUUCCCAGAUGGAGAUAGGUUCUGUGGCGGGGUUCCUGCGCAAGGCGGAGGCGAUAUAUGACGAGAAUCUGGGUGCCUAUGUCAAAAUCAUCCUUCGUCGGCCGUUCGCGAAAAUCAUUGAUUACUUUGAAGGUGUUGAACGGUUGCUGAAGACUACCGCACCGAGCGAAAUUGCAACCAAUAGCAGUUACAACAGAUCUGCGCUCAAGAAAGUUGUCAAGGAGUACAGUGCCAAGGACAUCCGGAAACACAUUGACGCCCUAUUUAAGCGAGUGGAGAAGCACUUUACAGAGGCGUCCGAAAAGACAACAACAGAAGAGAGCGGUGGCAUUGCUCCCGGAACAGUGAUGGUGGGGGUCUGGAAGGCUUGCGAGGAAGAGUUGCUGAGAAUCACGGAGCUGUUUUCCAAACGGAUAUCGCAAUGCUAUCCAGACAGUGGUGUUUCCUUAGAUUAUACCUCGGUGGACGUUGAGGCGGCAUUUAGGCGUCACCGAGUUGGAGGAGCUUGAUGUAUUAUCAUUAUGAGCCUGAUGGGAGAGCUUGUACUGCAUGUGAAACGAGUUACACAAGUG